UCAAUUCUGCAAGUGGUUCUAAUUUACUAUCACUGUUCUCUAGCUGGUCUAAAACCGAUUUUGACCUAAAGGGACGCUUUUUGGACACCAUGCACAUUUCUAAGUUUCCAGGCAGAAAGAACAGUAAAAAUGCAGGCAGGGCACAGGACAAAGCACUCGGGACAAAAUGUAUGUGAAAUGGUUUGAGAUUACAAUGUAUUGUGUGUAUGUCAUGUUUUUUACUUUUUUUAAUUUCCCGCCGGUUCUGCCCCCGUGCGUACUGAUGCCUGCAUGGAAUGGAACCCGGAAGACGGAUGCCGGCAUUGGCGGGAGGACAUCGCGGGAUUGCAGG